AGCCAAAUCAAGCAAAAUAUUCCAAGAUGUACAAGAAAUAGGAUCUUAAACACAUGAGGCCAAUUUUAGGGGGCCGAUUGCUUUUGGGUACCCAACGUGCGCCUGGGUGGGUUCGUCUUGGGUUCAUCGCGCCUGGGUUUGUCAUCAUCAAGUCCUUCGACAACGGUAAACGAGAUCACUUCUAUGGCCAUUGCUUGGUCGUCGAGAUAAAAGUACCGACCAAGGUCCUUCGAAAGGACUUCGACAGAUUUCGGAUGAGGAGAAGAAAGGGCUGCUGAAGAAAGGGUCAACAAGGAGUGCCAACCUUUCCAAGUCAUGCAUUUUAAAGUAAUGAUGCCACUGGUGGCAGCUAUGUAGAGCAUUUGGAUAUGAUAUUUUAGGGUUGCAAUGAGUUUAAUUGUUGGUAGCAACAAUGGCAUUUUCUAUCAUUUUCUUGUUGUGUUGUCUUUGAAUAUGGCAACUCAAGCUUGGAUACUAUGUAGGCAUUGUUGUUGUGUUUUCUUUGGAUAUGAUAAAAUUAAGCAUUAAUAAUAUGUCAAUUUUGUG